AUCCCCGAAGAAACACAACCAGAGCGCAGAACACUGGCUGGCGGCGGGGCGGAGGGGACGGCCGGCACCAAUCAGCGCCCGCCGCGCUGCUAUAAAAGGAGGCGCCGCGGCUGCCGCUGCCGAGAACUGCGAAAGCUGCAAAAUGUCCGAGACCGUCCCAGCUGCAGCGCCUGCUGCCGCCCCGGCCCCAGCCGCCAAGGCUGCUGCUAAAAAGCCGAAGAAGGCGGCGGGCAGCUCUAAAGCCCGUAAGCCAGCGGGCCCCAGCGUCACCGAGCUCAUCAUCAAGGCUGUGUCUGCUUCUAAGGAGCGCAAGGGGCUCUCUCUUGCUGCUCUAAAGAAGGCAUUGGCUGCUGGUGGUUACGAUGUGGAGAAGAACAACAGCCGCAUCAAGAUAGGGCUCAAGAGUCUCGUCGGCAAGGGCACCCUAGUGCAGACCAAGGGCAUUGGGGCGUCUGGCUCUUUCCGCCUUAGUAAGAAGCCUGGAGAAGUGAAGGAGAAAGCCCCCAAGAAGCGGGUAGCUGCAGCCAAGCCCAAGAAGCCAGUGGCCAAGAAGGCUGCCAGCACACCUAAGAAGCCCAAGAAAGCAGUGACAGCGAAGAAAAGCCCCAAGAAGGUCAAGAAGCCAGCAGCAGCCGCCAAGAAAACGGCAAAGAGCCCGAAGAAAGUGGCUAAAGCUGCAAAGCCAAAAAAAGUGGCGGCCAAGAGUCCAGCCAAGGCGAAGGUCGUGAAGGCCAAAGCAGCCAAGCCCAAGGCAGCCAAGCCUAAAGCCGCAAAGGUGAAGAAGGUAGCGGCCAAGAAGAAGUAA